AAGUGUUUUGCAUUCUGGGGAUAAAAAUUGUCCAACUUGCACCUAAAUGUCUACUGCAUAAACUUUAUAACAAUCGUGAUCAAAGGUCAAAGUCUUGACUGCUAGUUUCAGCGGUUGCUCUUCACCAACAUUGGUUAAGAACUUGUAUGGAAGAAUUUCAUGGUAAGGUCGACACCGGUUGUAUUCAGCGCUUUGACACUUUUGUUGUCGAUUUUGAUCAUCCUGCAGCCAUCCCCUGCAUUGUAAGAGGUUCUAUUGUCAACCAAUCAUUAGGGUGUUUUGUUUGACCCACACGAACAUGACCAAAGACAUGACUGAAACAUUUAUAACUGAUUUAUGUGUACAGUGGGUAUACAGUACACACAAAAGUGAUGAGGCUCUCACUAAUUGAUUGUACACUGUGUCACACACGAUAUUAUAUUAUGAUUUCAGUUUGUGAGUGUGUGAUAUGGGGGCUAGAUACAUUUAUACAUUAUAAAAACCUAUUAUAAUAAAACGUUAACACAGCCAUGUUGAUCUGAGCCUUGCUGUUGGAAAACCACAUUAGUGUCUGACUUUUGGCUGUCACAGAUGCAGCUCCCCUCGACUUUCGUCUACAGUCGGUUGCUUUGGCCUUACCACUCAAACGCGACCAUAGGUUGUGGAAUGCUGUCAGCAUGUCCGUUGCCCCUUUAAAUACGUCAUUCAUUGCUUCAAGCCACACGGGAGGAAACGUACAUCAAAGUCUGCUCAAGAACGUAGAAGAACAUUUUCGGAUAACGAGUCGUUCAGUAUAAACCGUUCCGCAACGUAGCAAACGUUCAAGCUAAUUGAAUGUACCUCUAUGACAAUCCAGUCACGUGACAGAACGUGGAUCAAUACGUCAAAUCUAUGCGUCAGGAAAAACGGCCGCCGUAAAACCGAAAAUAAAAAUACACAGUAAGUUUAAGCUUAAUCGAUAUUGGUUUCGGCUCUUCUUUUCUGUGAGACAGUCGGGCAGCUGUCAAUGUCCAUUCCCCAUGUCAUUCUCCCAGAUCACCCAGUCUUUGUAUCUGGGUGGUGUGGACACAGUCUUCAAGCCCACCGGUCUCUACAGUAGGAACAUAACUCUGAUUGUCAACGCCACUGCAGAGCACCCCUGUCCUCAGUAUGAGGGGGUGGAGUGUUUCCAGGUACCCGUACUGGACCAGCCUCACGCCCCCCUGGCCUGCUACUUCGAUGCUGUUGCAGAACGUAUCCAUAACAACCACUCAGGGAGUACGCUGGUCCACUGCACUGCAGGCCGGAGUCGUUCUCCUACCCUGAUCAUGGCUUACCUGAUGCGGUAUGAGGGGGUAUCACUGCGCCAGGCCCAUGAGUGGGUCCUGAAGUACAGACCUCAUAUCCGACCCAAUGCUGGUUUCUGGAGGCAGCUGAUGGAGUAUGAGAGGAGGCUCUAUGGGAAGAAUACUGUGAGGAUGGCUGCUACCUCCUGUGGUGUGCUGCCUGAGGCUCUGGAUGGACAGGAGGCUAUUUACUGUGUGAAUGGCUGAUGGUAUGUGUCCCAAAUGGCACCCUAUUCCUUAUGUAGUGCAUUACUUUUGACGAGCCUAAAAUGAAAAGAGUGCUAUUUGGGAUUUGUUAUAGAUGUAUAUGAGAAAAUAAAACCAAUUACUAUAAAAAAUA